AUGUGCGACCCUAAAUGGUCGGGAAGCUCGUCAACGAAAGCGAAAGAAGUUGACACAGUUGCCAUGCACGCAGCAAGCUCCGAUCGAGACAGGGUCAGUGCCACUGUACUUUUGCAGACGUUCCGCUCAUGGGUCAUCGCUGGCAAUCAAUCCGCAUAUAUCCGAGGUAUUUUCGACGGCGGCAGUCAGAAAAAGUUCGUUCGAGAAGAUGUGUCACGGCAGCUGGGGCUACCGGUACUGGAUGAAGUAACCGUGCGACUUAACACAUUUGGUGACCCAGAAACGUCAAUAAGUUCACACAGAAGAAGACUGGUCCAGGUGCGUUUGCGGAGCCAGUACGAUCAGAAAGAGCAUCUGAUUGAAGCCGUAGAAAUUACUUUCAUCUGUAAGGACCUGGCAGACGCCACGGCAAAUGACAGCUUCGUGGACGCCAUCAGAAGGGAGGGCGGUUCCAUUGCCGACGAAAUGUUCUUCUCAGGAGCGAAAGCCGAAGUAGGAAUCUGUCUUCUGAUUGGAGCGGAUCAGAUGUGGAGGUUCCUAAAGUCCGAUGUGCGACGGUCUGGGGCGGACGACCGUACAGUUGCGGUGAACACGCAGUUAGGCUGGACGUUCCAAGGUCCCACCGCUGUCCUGUCGUCAGUCACCGGAGACAUCACGCUUACCUGCGCGUUACACGUGGAGGCAAGCACCGAGGAAAGGCCGUUUGAUCUCCGAAUGUUCUGGGAGCUGGAUGGUCUUGGGAUAACAGACGGCGAAAAUGACCAGCGCUCAGAGGACGACGCAGUGUGGCUACAUUUCCAGGACACCAUACAAAAGGAGGACGGCCGAUAUAAAGUGAGUUUGCCGUGGAAGACUGGCAGUGCCACGCUGAGGGACAACCGGGAAGUAGCUGAGCGUAGGCUGAGAAGCCUGAUGAAGAGACUUCGUUCGAACAAAACUCUUCUGCUGGAGUACGAUUGUGCGAUGAGGAAGUACCUCAACGACGGACAUGCAGAGGUAGUUACCGCAGCGGAGCAAGCACCAACAGAGCAUAUUUAUUAUAUGCCACACCAGGCGGUUGUCCGGGAGAAUUCAACGACAACGAAGCUCAGAGUUGUCUUUGAUGUUUCAUCGCAUGCCCCGGGGACCGCAUCUCUGAACGCGCAUCUCGAAAAGGGACCGAAGCAAAACACGGAACUACUGCCGCUGCUGCUGCGCUUUCGGACGGUCAAGGUCGCUCUGGUGGCGGACAUUGCCAAAGCGUUUCUCCAGAUUGUAGUCAGGGAAGAGGAUCGUGACGCACUUCGUUUCCUGUGGUGUAACGAAACACCGAAGGAAGAUGAUCACGAGCCACGCUUAGAAGAGCACUACGCUGCGACCAUAGAAACAGGACUUUUGGGAUUACGGUGGAAUCAACACACUGACAGCAUCAAGCUCGCGGAAUGCAGCCCACCCAACACCACGUCGGCGGGCAACACGAAACGGUCGGUGCUGCAGCUCUCAGCCUCGAUUUUCGACCCACUUGGUGUUGCCAGUCCAUUCACGAUACGGGCUCGCAUGCUCUUCCAGCGCAUCUGGCAGCAUGGUCUUAAUUGGGACGACGAACUACCUGAAGAAGUAGCUUUGGAGUGGAAGCGCUGGUGCGAGGAACUGCCGGACAUGGCAAGAAUCGAAAUACCUCGGUAUGUGAGCCAAGGGGUUGAAGACAUUGCGAACGCAAUCCAGGUGCACGUCUUCACGGACGCCAGUCAGUCGGCUUACGGAGCCACCGUAUACCUGCGCACAGAGGACGUCAAUGGAAAGGUCGUGGUCACGCUGAUGGUUGCUAAAGCACGAGUUGCGCCGCUAAAAACACUGACCCUACCCCGCCUAGAACUCAUGGGAGCUCUAAUAGGAUGUAGGCUGGCCAAAAGCCUUUUGGGUUCGCUCUCUCACCUUCCCCUCCAGCUAAUCUUCUGGACAGACUCGAACAUCGUACUCUGUUGGAUUAAAGGAUCGGCACUGCGGUGGAAGCAGUUUGUACGCAACAGGGUGACAGAAAUUCAAACUGCAACCGAUCUAGCUGCUUGGAGGCACUGUCCAGGGGAGCAAAAUCCAGCGGACCUGCUCACAAGAGGUGAAAGCAUGGAGAAACUGCUACACAGCAAGAUAUGGUUCAGAGGCCCUGCAUGGUUGUCGGAGUCGGCGGAGUUACGGCCCAGCGGCACGCACGAACCGCAGGUGAACGAAGAGACUGUAGAAGCAGAACGGGUUAAGAUACAAGUGCUCUUCGUGGACACUGACACUACUACUUCCAGCCUACUGAGGCUAGAUAACUACAGUAGUUGGUAUUUCGUGUUGAGGCUCACAGCAUGGAUUCGCCGCUUUGCAGACCGUUGCAGGCGAAAGAAGAGGCGACAAGGGCCCCUAACUGCUAAUGAGGUUCAUGAGGCUGAGGUCCAUUGGGUUAAAGAGGCACAAAGGUCCGAGUACUACAAGGAGCUACAGGAGCUCGCAGGUGGGGGCAUGGUGAGCCCGAAGUCUCCGAUCGCCCUCUUGCAGCCAGUUCUGGACCAGGAUGAUAUUUUAAGGAUCUCGGGGCGGUUGCAGCACUCGACAUUGCCAACGGACGUAAGACAUCCGGUGCUCCUCCCGCACGGACACAGUCACCGAACUGAUCGUUGA